AUGGACUUUUCUUUUUCAGGAUCGGAAGGAUUGUCGGGGGGCUUGCUGACCAUUUGGAGAACUCAAUCAGUUACUGUUGUGGCUAGUUUUUCUGGACCGGGGUACCUUGGUUCGAAAGUUAUGUGGAAAGGAAAUGUUUACUAUAUUUUCAAUGUUUAUUCAGCCUGCACUCUAUCUCUAAAGCGUAUUUUGUGGAAACGGUUGAUCGAUUUGAAAAACAAAUAUCAAGAUGGAGAAUGGAUAAUAGGGGGAGAUUUCAACGCAGUAAAAAAGAGGAGUGAGAGAUGUGGUCUUUCUUCUAGGAAUUGCAAUAUAGAAUGGAGGGAAUUUUCUGAUUUUAUUGAUGAAACCGGUCUUGUUAAUGUGCCUUGCAAAGGAAAGAGGUUCUCUUGGUUUAGUGGGGAUGGUAAAUCAAAGAGCAGAAUUGAUAGGUUUCUUAUUUCCAACAACAUUAUUUUGUCUUGGGGAGUAGUUGGCCAAUGGAUAGGAUUGCGUGAUGUUUCCAAUCAUUGCCCGGUUUGGUUGAUGGUAGACAAAGAAGAUUGGGGACAUAAACCGUUUAAGUUCAAUAACAAAUGGUUUAAAGACAAGAGUUUCUUCGACUUUGUUAAGAAGGAAUGGGAGGGGUUUACCGUUCAUGGGAGGGGAGAUUAUGUCUUAAAGGAGAAAUUUCGCUUUCUUAAAGAGAGAUUGAAGUGGUGGGAGAAAAAUGUGUUUGGAAGGAUAGAUCUUGAGAUAGAGGAGAAUGUUAAGGUGUUGAACGAUUGGGACGAUAGAGAUAUGUGGGAGGAAGAGUUGCAUCUUAACAAAGUUAAGGCUUCUAAGAACAUUUGGUUCAAUCUUAAACUCAAAGAGAACAUGCUAAUUCAAAAAAGUAGGUUGAAGUGGUUAAACGCUGGGGAUGUCAAUAGUAGAUUCUUUCAUAACGUGGUUAAGGAGAGGAGACGUAGGAACCGCAUUUGUUUGCUAAAUUCUAAUGAAGGAGUCGUUUCUUCGGUUAAGGAGGUGAAGGAUAAAGUGAAGUCCCAUUUUGAGUGCAAAUUCAAGGAGGAUUGUUUCGAAAGACCUUUGUUGGAUGGUAUUGCUUUCAAAUCAUUGAGCGAGGAUCAAGCUUGUUCGUUAGAGGUCCCUUUUUCGAUGGAGGAAAUAAAAUAG